AAUUUCAAAGUUGAUUCAUUUCCUCUCCUCUCUGGCCAGAAGCUGCUUUGUUGUUUCAAGGGGGUUUCUGUUUAGAAGGAGAAAGGAUUUGGUUUCGUGGCAGGCAUUCAUCUCCAGGUUUCAAUAAUUUCUUUGAAGUGUUCAAAUGCAUAACUAGUUUGAUCUUCAAUUCCCUUGAUGCCCCUGGAAGAUAAGGUAAACAGAGUGGAGAAUGAUAAAUCAAGCAGAGCUGAUACAUGUGAUAUUUUAUGUGGGGAACUUUUAGUACAUUAUGAAGAAGAUAAAAUUUCCAAAGCGGUAUGUGAUCGUCAUUCUAACCUUCAUCAGCACAUGUGUUUGCUAUGUGGAACGUGUGGGCUUCCCAAUUGCUUACACAGUUGCCGCUGAUGCUGCUGGAGUGAACCAGUCUAGCAAAGGCACUAUACUUUCCACAUUCUACUAUGGAUAUGCCUGUUCACAAGUGCCAGGAGGAUGGGCAGCACAGAGGAUGGGUGGAAGGCGUGUUCUCCUCCUCUCAUUUGUCUUAUGGUCUCUGAUUUGUGCUUUGGUCCCCCUAGAUCCCAACCGGGUCUAUCUCAUGGUGCUGGCCCGCUUGCUUGUUGGGGUGGCACAAGGUUUUAUAUUCCCAUCCAUCCAUACAGUCCUAGCACAGUGGGUCCCAGCAAAUGAACGAUCACGCUCAGUGUCUCUCACAACUUCUGGCAUGUACCUUGGUGCAGCAGCUGGCAUGCUUGUGCUGCCAAGCUUGUUGAAAUUUAAUGGACCCCAGUCAGUAUUUUUAGCCGAAGCUGUUCUAGGUGCCUUCUGGUCCCUACUUUGGUUCAAAUAUUCUAGUGACCCACCUUUUUCUGAUCAUCCUAAGGCUACAACUGCUGGCUUUGGGGAGUCUUUACUGCCAAUCAAAGGGGGGAAACUGAAGGCUGAAAAUGGUGGAAGUGUGGUUCGUGCUGCCAAAAUCCCAUGGAAACGAAUAUUCUUUAGCUUGCCAGUUUGGGCAAUUGUGGUGAAUAACUUCACUUUUCAUUAUGCGUUAUACGUGCUGAUGAAUUGGUUGCCCACAUACUUUGAGCAAGGCCUCCAGCUUAGUCUUCAGGAGAUGGGUUCUUCCAAAAUGCUGCCUUACCUCAACAUGUUCAUAUUCUCCAAUAUUGGUGGGGUGGUUGCAGACCACUUAAUCACCACAAGGACCUUGUCUGUGACCAGGACCCGAAAGGUUUUGAAUACUAUUGGGUUCAUGGUAGCUUCCCUUGCAUUAAUUGCACUUCCAAUUUUCAGAACUUCUGGUGGGGCUGUCUUUUGUUCUUCAGUGGCACUUGGUUUCCUUGCCCUGGGUAGGGCUGGGUUUGCAGUAAAUCACAUGGAUAUUGCUCCAAGGUACGCAGGAAUUGUAAUGGGAGUUUCUAAUACUGCUGGGACAUUGGCGGGCAUUGUUGGAGUUGAUCUAACUGGUCAGCUUCUUGAAGCUGCAAAAACUGCUAAUAUGGAUGUUUCGAGUCCAGAAAGCUGGAGAUCAGUGUUUUCAAUCCCAGGAUACCUCUGUAUUUUCAGUUCUCUUGUAUUUCUUCUGUUCUCGACUGGGGAGAAGAUUUUUGACUGAGAUGGUCAACCCAGUAACUUUAUUUCAGAAAUGUUAAUGGAUCAUUGGUACCAUAACCUGGUAGAAACUACGAUAGAUUUCUUUUUUGGGGAAUUCCCUCAGAUGUACCUAAGCGCAUUGUUUGACAAGAAAGAGGUAUAGUAUAGUUUUUAAUGUUUACAG